AAGAUACUCUCGUAGCGUGCGGUUCUCGCAAAGCUCGCGUUUUUCCGCUGCAUUUGUGGAAGAGAAUUUACGUAAAAGUUCCCAUGGUAGAGGCCUUUAAUAGGAGUCAAAUUUAACGAAUAAAACGUAAUUAAAAAGUGCUAAGAAACCCAAAGAUAAUACAUAAUAUAACGGAAAAGCAUUGUCAGAGGAAACCAUAAACGAGAAGCAUUGCCAGGCCAGGACCACGAAAUAAUCCCAUUAACAUAUGCUGUGUACGCGUGUGCGCGUGAAUCCGUUACGGGCUCUAUAAUUGCAUUGAUUGACACCCGUUACGACUGUCGCCUUGCUAUUUAUGGCCAGAGGAAUUCUUCGUUUUUUAUUUCCAUUAAAAUCUCAAGGGGGAAAAGCAGUGCAAAAAGUGUGACCAACGUGCUGAGGAAUUCAAUAAGUGAAGGCCGUAGUGGGGCAUCGGCCCACCCUUCUCGCAAUAUUACUGUGCGUGUGUCAGCGUGAAAAUUCGAGGAAUUUGCAAUUAAUGUUGAUCAAUCACACGCACACACAAAAGUCCAAUCAACUGAAUUCAAAUAAAAUCAUAAUACAGGAUUAAUUGAAACUCUUGAGAAUUUAUUCAGCGGGAGCUACUUCGACGACGCAGCACGAUACACUCAUAUUUAUUGCAAUUAUUUGUCCUGGAAAAAGAGCUAUGAUAUAAUUGGCAUCAGGCAGACAUCCCACUGGAGGACAGAACACUUCUCAAAUCUCCCAUCCGCAUGCAGAAACCCCUUAAGUAGCCAAGAUGUGCAUUAAUUGGUGGUAACUCCACACAUUUGCCGCACGCAGGACAACAAAUAAUUAUCGAGCCCAAGUACCGGAAGCAGCAGCAGCAUCUAAUAGCAGCGCCCACAAAAUGGCUGACCGCACACAGACCACCGCAGCAACCACAGCCACACGAAGGAGCAGACCCUGGCUGAGAGGAGAAAUGGGCGUGAUACUCGUGGUGGUGCUGGUGCUGCUCCUGCCCCAACCAUUAUGGGCCUUCUGCCCCUCCAAGUGCCAGUGUUUGGGCGGUGAGGCCAACAGCAGGGCCCUGUGCGUGGAUGCUGCCCUCGAGGAUGUGCCCAUCCAGCUGAAUCCCGAGACAAAGUACAUCAAUCUGACGUUGAAUCGGAUACGCAAUCUGGAGUUCUCGCUGCCAUUCUACAUGAAGCUGGAGAUACUCGAUCUGUCGCAGAACAUCAUCGAGACGCUGGGCUCCAAGAACUUCGAGUAUCAGUCGGAGCUGCGAACCCUCAAUCUCAGCAGCAAUGUUGUGAGUUCCCUGCACAAACAUGCCUUCAAGGGAUUGACCAGCUUGCUGCUGCUGGAUCUCAGCUACAACCGCAUCGAGACGGUGCAUCCGACAGCCCUCAGCGAUCUGGCGUCUCUGGUGGAGCUGGAUCUGACCAACAAUAAUAUUGUGAGUCUCGAGGAUAACUGCUUCAAGGGCAUGUCCACGCUGGAGGUGCUCGUGUUUCGCAACAAUCGGCUGCUUGACGUACCGGCCAGCAAUCUGUGGCACCUGCAUGCCCUCAAGAGCCUGGACAUGUCCGACAAUCUGGUGGAGUUUGUGCGGAAUGACAGCUUUGAGGGUCUGAAGGAACUGCUGGCCCUCAGCCUCAGGGGCAAUGUGAUGAGCGAGCUGGAUGCGAACGCCUUUGAGGGACUCAUCUCGCUGAAGCAUUUGGAUCUGGCCGAUAACAAUCUCACGAUGGUGCCCACCCAGCAGCUGGCGAAACUUUCGAAUCUCACCUAUUUGAACCUUGGAGGCAAUCGCUUUUCCCACCUGCCCGCCGUGGCAUUCCUCAACUUGUUUCAUUUGCGCGAAUUGCACUUGAGCCGCCUCGACUAUUUGCAGCGCAUCGAUUCGAGAGCCUUUGUGGAUAACACGCACCUGCAGACGCUGCACCUGAACUACAACCCGCAGCUGAGCGACAUACCGAUGCGCCUGUUCCAGGGCAAUCCCAACAUCCUGGAGGUCUACAUGCAGAGCAACAGUCUGCAGACUCUAUUCUCCGCACAGUUUCCGGUGGAUCAGUUGCAGAAGCUUUACCUGGGGGAUAAUCCACUGCAGUGCAACUGCUCGCUGCUGUGGCUGUGGCGCCUCGUUACCGGAAACUUCGAGGGCAUUGAGCCACCGCUGGAGCAUGCACCGGGCGGUGCUGUGGCCGCCUUGGCAAAGGAGGCAACCCAAAGGGAGGGGGAGCAGGAGACGGAUGAUGCCACCACGGCGGCCGUGGCCGAGGAUGGUGUCGCCGUUUUGGCUGCCUACAUAGCCGAGCAGCACAUUGCUAAUGCCCUGCACACCACCGAACCGAGUGCCUACGAACUGGCCACUUCCUCCUCGUCCGCAAACCGCAACACUGGGUAUCUGCGGAUGGACCGGCAGCAGAUCGGCUGCGACAUCUGGCGGGACACGGUGCGCACGCGGCGCCAGCUGCUGUCCAUGAGCGAGGGCGAAAUCACCUGCCCCGCCCACAUUGUGACGGUGGUGUGUGCCGUCAUCACGUGCCUCCUGGUGGCCAUGAUCGGGGUGAGCGUUCUCUACUAUCUGCGCUUCGUCAAGCGUCGCAGGAAGCUGCUCCACGAGCGCGGACCCAUGCGCACCAGCAAGAGCAUCAUCAAUGUCCAUGACCGAAUCCUGCAGGGCCACCAGCCGCUGGGCGGCAAUGGACUCGGCAUGGGCAUGGGCAUGGGCAUGGGCAUGGGCAUGAGCAUGACACUGGGCGGCAGCAAUGGGGGCAUGGGCAUGAUGAAUUAUCCACACAACGCCCAGACGCUGCAGGCGCACCACCACUACCAUCAGGCGAUGCCGCUGCAGGCACACAACACAGGGAGUGGCCAUGACUAUCAGCAGACGACGCUGCCGCAGCUGGACAAGCUAGAGCUGGAGCGCUACCUGGCCGCCCAGACGAUUGCCAAUGAGUACAGGGCUCUGAAGCCCUGGGAGCUGCCCGUCAAGGAGGCGGACGACGAGCCGGAGCAUCUGUACGAGCGCUUCGAUCACUACGAGUAUCCCGAUACUCAGACCAUGAGCAAACUCAAGCAGGCGGCAUCGCUCUCGAAAUCAUCUGGCGAUCCACCAGCUGCUGCUGUGGCAUCGAAUGGGAAGCCGCAUGUUGUCUACGUAUGACGUGGACGUGGCCAGGUCGAGACGGGCAUGGAAAUGCAAAUGGAAAUGGAAAUGGUGGGCCUAAAUCUCACCAACAACAACUAUCGGAGCUAUGUGCAGAGCGAGUUCUGAAAAGAGUGUGGAUCGCUAGGAUCCGUCGAAGAUGCCAUUGAAACAGGGAAUGUGAGGUUAUGGUUUGUUUAAGUUUCGGUUCUAAUUUCUAAAAGCAAAACAAAAACAAAAACAAAAUAACAAA